CAUUUCCCAAUCCACUUUGUUCUCUAGGUUUCGAUCUCUCCCUCACUGCGCCGUAGCCAUGGCGAAUCCAUGUGGAGGCCGUCGGUCGCCGCCGUCGGAGUCUGGUUUGGACUACGUCUCUCGAUCCCUUUCGCCUUCCAGAUCUCGGUCCUCAAGCACCCCUCAUUUGAGGAAGAGAGGUCAUGAACUGAGACGUGGGAGGUCAUCAUCCUACUCUAAAUCACCUCGUCCGCUCAAGGUAGCCCGGAGAUCAAGGAGUCGUAGUCCGAGAAAGGAAGCCUCUUCUAUUGAAAUGUCGCGCGUUCUUCGCAUUGAGAACCUCAGCAAGAAUGUGAAUGAAAGCCGUGUAAAAGAAGAAUUUGGUUCAUUUGGCAAACUUGUUAAUGUGAAGGUCAAUCCUCCAAAAGGAAUUGGAUAUGUGGAGUUUGAGGAAAGAGUGGUAGCUGAUAUUGCAAAAUUAUAUAUGGAUGGUGCCAAAUUUGAAGGAAAUACUAUUGAUGUAGAUUUCACAUUGUCUCCACUACAGAAAGUGACACCACUCCUAAAAGCCAUUACCAAUGAUAAUAUCGUUGUUGAUGGUGGGAAGGAUGGACUCAAGCAGCAGAGGGAAGAUUCUCCCCAUUGGAAGCAUCCUGCCUCACCAAGAAGGAGAUCCCUUGUUGCUCAAAGGGGUGGAUCUCCUAGACGAUUGCCAGAUCCUCCCGCGCGUCGUCAAGCAGAUUCUCCCGUGUGUCGUCAAGUGGAAUCUUGUUAUGGACAUGGUGAUACACCUCUGAGAUGGAGGCUCACAUCUCCAAGCAAUGGUCCAUCUGCACUCCCUGCAAGGCCUUUGAGAGGAAGCAGUAGCAACAGCAGCCGCGGAAGUUCACCACUGCCACCUCGUAAGCCAUAGGUAAGCACGGCCUCUCUCAGGUAAGGUCUAGGUUUGUUGACAGCGAAAACAAGAUAUUAUGACUAUAAUAUGCUAUCUGCAGGUGUUACCAUUUAGGUUUAUAUUAGUUGAGUAAUGUCAUUUAGUACUCAGUGUACAACUGCAAUACAUGGUCCAAUGUUUGAUUUUUGCGUGUCAUGUAUGGCAGUUGUAUAGGACUAUUAAAUAGCGGGUUUGUUUUUUUGGUUGUUGUUGUUGUUGUUAUAGCAGAAUAGC